CCCAGAAAAUACCGAACGGAAGCCGUCGCAGGUCAAAUCGGCGUGCUCAUUUGAACCAGAAGACGCGCUACGAAGAGCGGCCCAACGCUCACUGUCCAGCUUUUAAAUCAUUAUUGAUGGAGUGGCAGCCGGAUGAGCAGGGACUUCAGCAGGUCCUCCAGUUGCUCAAAGACUCCCAGUCGCCUAACACUGUCACACAGAGAGCAGUUCAACAAAAACUGGAACAGCUCAACCAGUUUCCCGACUUCAACAACUAUCUGAUCUUUGUCCUCACACGACUCAAAACUGAGGAUGAGCCAACUCGCUCUCUAAGUGGUCUGAUCCUGAAGAACAAUGUCAAGGCCCACUACCAGAACUUCCCCCCAGCCGUUGCAGACUUCAUCAAGCAGGAGUGCCUCAACAGCAUCGGGGAUCCGUCGCCGCUCAUCCGUGCAACCAUCGGCAUCCUCAUUACUACUAUUGCCUCCAAAGGUGAGCUGCAGACAUGGCCAGAACUGCUGCCCCAGCUCUGCAACCUGCUCAACUCUGAGGACUAUAACACCUGCGAGGGCUCAUUUGGCGCACUGCAGAAGAUCUGCGAGGACUCGUCGGAGCUGCUGGACAGUGACGCUCUGAAUAGACCUCUCAACAUUAUGAUACCUAAAUUCCUUCAGUUCUUCAAGCAUUGCAGCCCCAAGAUUAGAUCCCAUGCUAUAGCCUGUGUGAACCAGUUCAUCAUCGGCAGAGCCCAGGCCCUGAUGGACAAUAUAGACACCUUCAUAGAGAGCCUUUUUGCUCUGGCUGCAGACGAAGACCCCGAGGUCAGAAAGAAUGUAUGCCGGGCCCUGGUCAUGUUACUGGAGGUCCGGAUCGAUCGCCUCAUCCCUCACAUGCACAGCAUCAUCCAGUACAUGCUGCAGAGGACUCAGGACCCCGACGAGAACGUGGCCCUGGAGGCGUGCGAGUUCUGGCUGACUCUAGCCGAACAGCCCAUUUGUAAAGAGAUGCUGUCUGGACACCUGAUGCAACUGAUCCCUAUUUUAGUGAAUGGAAUGAAGUAUUCAGAGAUAGACAUCAUACUACUGAAGGGAGAUGUGGAGGAGGAUGAGGCGGUGCCAGACAACGAGCAGGACAUCAAGCCCCGCUUCCAUAAAUCUCGCACCGUCACGUUGCAGCAUGAAGGAGGGGAGGGAGAGGAGGGCGAGGACGACGACGACGAUGAAGAUGAUGACGAUGACACGCUAUCUGACUGGAAUCUGCGAAAGUGUUCUGCUGCAGCUCUGGACGUUCUGGCCAACGUGUUCCGCGACGACCUCCUCCCCCACCUCCUGCCGCUCCUAAAGGGGCUGCUCUUUCACCCAGACUGGGUCAUCAAGGAAUCUGGAAUCUUGGUGUUGGGGGCGAUAGCGGAAGGUUGCAUGCAGGGGAUGGUGCCCUACCUGCCAGAGUUGAUCCCUCACCUCAUCCAGUGUCUGUGUGACAAGAAGGCUCUGGUCCGCUCCAUCGCCUGCUGGACUCUGAGCCGCUAUGCACACUGGGUGGUCUCCCAGCCUCCUGAUUCCUACCUCAAACCUCUAAUGACAGAACUUCUAAAGCGAAUCCUGGACAGCAACAAGAGGGUGCAGGAGGCCGCUUGCAGUGCAUUUGCAACACUAGAGGAGGAGGCGUGCACAGAGCUAGUACCAUACCUGAGUUUCAUCCUGGACACGCUGGUCUUUGCCUUUGGGAAGUAUCAGCACAAGAAUCUCCUCAUCCUGUAUGAUGCCAUAGGAACUCUGGCAGAUUCUGUGGGUCACCACCUCAACCAGCCCGAGUACAUUCAGAAAUUGAUGCCUCCACUGAUUGCCAAGUGGAACGAGCUUAAAGAUGAAGACAAGGAUCUUUUCCCGCUGUUGGAGUGCCUGUCAUCAGUAGCCACAGCACUGCAGAGUGGGUUUCUGCCUUACUGUGAGCCUGUUUAUCAGCGCUGCGUCACCCUUGUCCAGAAGACGCUGGCCCAGGCCAUGAUGUACAACCAGCAUCCAGACCAGUACGAAGCGCCAGACAAGGAUUUCAUGAUCGUGGCUUUGGACCUGCUGAGUGGACUGGCUGAAGGUCUGGGGGGUCAUGUGGAACAGCUAGUGGCUCGCUCAAACAUUAUGACUCUUCUUUUCCAGUGCAUGCAGGACACAAUGCCUGAGGUGAGGCAAAGCUCCUUUGCCCUCCUUGGUGAUCUAACUAAAGCUUGCUUCCUCCACGUGAAGCCUUGCAUUGCUGAAUUCAUGCCCAUCCUGGGGCUCAACCUGAACCCAGAGUUUAUUUCCGUGUGUAACAACGCCACCUGGGCUAUUGGCGAGAUUUCCAUGCAAAUGGGCGCAGAAAUGCAGCCUUAUGUGGGCAUGGUGCUCCCCCACCUGGUGGAGAUCAUCAACAGACCAAACACGCCAAAGACUCUGCUUGAAAACACAGCCAUAACGAUUGGCAGACUGGGCUAUGUCUGUCCUCAGGAAGUCGCACCGCAGCUGCAGCAUUUCAUAAGACCCUGGUGCUCAUCGCUGAGGAACAUCAGGGACAACGAGGAGAAGGACUCUGCCUUCCGGGGCAUCUGUGUGAUGAUCGGCGUUAACCCAGCAGGGGUGGUGCAGGACUUCAUCUUCUUCUGCGAUGCUGUGGCUUCAUGGGUCAGUCCUAAGGACGACUUGAGAGACAUGUUUUACAAGAUUCUGCACGGCUUCAAGGACCAGGUUGGAGAAGAAAACUGGCAUCAGUUUUCCGAGCAGUUCCCCCCUCUUUUGAAGGAGCGCCUGUCAGCCUGCUAUGGCGUCUAACCUGAAGCCUUCCUGUGGUCCACUGACCUGUUAGGCUAAUGAAGGGGAGGGUAACGGGGGAACUCAUUGCACUGCCCAGAUCGUGGGGAGAAACUAGAGCUGGAGGGGUGUGACUGGCCUUGACCUUCCGCUCUAUGGACGGCCUCCUUUUCCCCGCGCCCUGUUUGUCUUUGUGAGGGAGGGUGGGAGGAGGGUGGUGUGGGGGGGUAACCAGGGAAUAUACAUAUACCUCCGAUAGAACGCCUCACUAAAUCCGACACACUCAAAAGCAACUCGCCAAAAAACACAGCAGGGAAAUGAGGGCAAAAUAGUGACGACGUUUGGCCUCCCCCUCUGACUCAUCAACUGCAUUAUUGUUACGAGGGAGAAAACUGGGGGAGGCAAGGAGGGGGAGGACGAGGAGAGAAAAAGGUACACAAUAAUAAUCUGAACCAGCAGUGGGCGCCACAGUUCCAGCUUCUACAAUGCAUGUAGAAUGGCUCGUAGAUGUUAAAACGGGGGCUCAACGGAGAAGCAAGAUGCUUUUACAACGUGCACAAAACAUUUUGCACCUUUUACUGCAGAAUUGCAUCGAUUUGUUUUUGAAUGUGCACACACACACAGGCCUUUGAUCACGUGCACAUUUAGCUGAAUUUCAUUUUUCCUGUCUGGCUCGCCGAAUUCCUUUCAAUCUUUUAGGAUUCUAGUUCUUUUAGUCCGAGGCAAUAAAGAUGCAGUACAUGAGUCGUCAAAGGUUUAUAUCUUCGCUGCACCAAACUAUAUUGCAUGGCGUACGGUUACCACACUAAGUUGCAUGUUUGAGUGAACGUCUCUCUUGAUUUAAUGCAUUAGUUUUUGUUCAAAUGGGGAGGAUUAUGAGGUGCUCGGUUAUUGCUCCUAUGUAGUGUCUAAAUGAUGUCCCUGUAGUUUAACGCAGUCGGUGGGGGUUAAGUCCCGCUAUAGGUAAAUUAAUUCAGGAAUUGACUCGUUUCUAGUUGUGUAUGCAACAAAAGUUCACAUACUGUAAGGCAGAUGAAGAAACCUAUUUGCUGCUGUUGCUUUGUUUUUAGAAUACUUGCAAAACAAACUUAUACAAGUUUCACCCAAAUGAAUUUCCUCUCACUGGUAUAAAUGCACUUUUUUCUGUUGUAAGAAAUCUAAAAUUUAUCUUUAAGGCGUACAGUAACGAUAUAUUGAACUUGAUGGUUCUUUUUUUGUUUUGUUUCUGAUAAGUGAUUUUAGGACUAUUGUGAGCAUAAUGACAAUGUUAGGCAAUGGUAAAUGACUUGGAAAGACUUGAGGCCUCCUUAUGUAGUUUUAUAAUGUAGCUCCUAACGUGGAUAUAAUAGGAUUAAGGUGGAAUGAAUCUCAUCCAUUUCUCACAGGAUGUUCCUGCCUUUCUCUUAGAAGCGCCGUGCUGAGCGAUGGCCCCUAUCGCCAUCCGUGUUACGUAAAUGGAUUAUUGUUUAGAUAUGUUCCCAAGAGUUUCUUUCAGUCCCGUUUGGAGGGACCUACCUUUGUAAAAUCUUGAUGACAAUUCAACUUGCUGCUGGAAGAGCAGCUUCUGAUCUUACUAGUGAUUGUUGUUGCCAUAUAUUUUCACCCGCUGACACUGUGUAGGGUAUGCCAGGGAAAACUUUUUAGUCCCUCGACACUGGUUAGCUGAUGUGGCAGAUUUGUGGCCGCUACUCAUCUUUUUUUUGUCUUUUAGUUCUAGUCCGGAGUGGUCGAUUUGUAACCGAAGUGUGCAUGGCUGUCUGCUUAGUGGUGUUAAGUCAUAAAAUCCUGGGACAUAUAAUUUUACACCAGCCCCUCUCAUUAAAGUAGAUUAUUAGGGAAGAAAGUGAGUCAUAAUCUGUCGAUGUAACCAACAAGUGUGCUUGCCUGCCGGGUUGUCUUGUUUCUCGUCUCCUAAAAUGAAGAUAAUUUGGGGUGGGAGGGGUUAAAGAAGCACAAAUAUCAGCUUCUAUUCAUUUUCUCUGGUAGGAUUAGUUUUUUACAAAACAAAAUUCGCAUCAACAAAGGAAGUGGAAGUUUUUUUUAUUUUUUUGUUGCUUUUUUAUUUUGUUUUCAGUGUUUACUUUUUCUUAUUUCACCUGACUUGAUGUAACAGUGUUUUGAAUCGUCAAAAUAAGAGCUGCAACGCCCCGCGGUGAGGUUCUUUCAACAUUUUUAACUGUUUAAAUUGAGGACUGGGCGGUCAAAAGGAGGGUGGUGAAAGUGCAAGCAGCUCCCGUGCCACUAACAAUUGGUAUUAAAUCCCUCGAGGCUUUACCACUCCUCACUAUGUUGAAAUGCAAAAACGUGCACAAAAUUGAUGUUAAGACUAGUUGUCCAUAAGUUUUUGUAUUUAUUUUUAUUUUUUUUAAUCAUUUUGUUUACUUUUUUUGUUUUUAAGAUUUAUGUGAUGAUUUAAUUUAUUUUGUUUUUUGAGUUGUUUUUUAUAUUUUUAUUUUUGUGCUCUGCUGCACAAAUGAUUUAAGACUUUAAAAGUUUUUUUUUUCUUCCUUUUCUUUAUUCUUUUUAUUUAAAGAACAGUUUUAUUUCGUUGUUUUACAGCGUACAAUCUAAGUAUCAAACCUCACGUGGAUGGAAUAACAGCCAGUCCUGGGCGCACACCUUUUUGGGAAACAAAUUUGAACGCAAAUUCAUAAUUUGUUUUGAUCUUAAAAUAAGGCAGGCAAUUCAAAUUAACGUAUCUUUGGCUAAACUGUGGUGAAGGUUGGGAUAUGAUCUUGUGUAUCCCUUUUUAUUUAAUUUUGUGUAUAAGGGGAAAUAAAAGUUUUUUUUCCAUCAA